CGUCGAGCCGCGGGCCCGCAUGACAAGUGCGGUUGCACCGACACCGGUACAUAGGCGCGGGCCGGCGUGUCCUUGGGCUAGAGAGCGGGACGUCCGUCUUCGGGUCGCAGCCGUUGUGGUGCUGAUCAGCUGGGAUCGAAUUAAAAAUGGGUGAUGUUGAGAAAGGCAAGAAGAUUUUUGUUCAGAAGUGUGCCCAGUGUCACACUGUGGAAAAGGGAGGCAAGCAUAAGACUGGACCAAAUCUCCAUGGUCUAUUUGGGAGGAAGACAGGUCAGGCUGCUGGAUUCUCAUACACAGAUGCCAACAAGAACAAAGGCAUCACCUGGGGAGAGGAUACCCUGAUGGAGUACUUGGAGAAUCCCAAAAAGUACAUCCCUGGAACAAAAAUGAUCUUCGCUGGAAUUAAGAAGAAGGGAGAGAGGGCGGACCUAAUAGCUUAUCUUAAAAAGGCUACUAAUGAGUAACCCCACUGCCUUAUUUAUUACAGACAAAUGUCUCAUGGCUUUUAAUGUGUACUAUAACUUAAUUCAUACACCAAGAUUCAGAUCAUGAAUGGCUAAUAAUGUUUUUGUUGGUCAGUCCUGAUUUAAGUAAAACUGACUUGUAGUAAAGUGGGUAUGAUCUUUUUUAAAAUAACAAUUCCAGUUGCAUAAAUAAUAUCACUGCUCUCCUUUUCUCGAGAUAGGGUUGGGCUUAAUUACUUAAGUUCUACUUUCCACAAAGAUGGAUAUAUCACCUCAAACCUGUUGGAUGGCUUUAUACUCAAAUCUAUAUAACUGGGCAGCUGGGCAUGUUUAAACACUGGGAAAAUUCUGUUACUGUCUCAGAAAUUAGAAGACUCGCCUGUGUUUCACUUUGUAUUCACUGGUCUGUUACAGGCAAUGGCUAAGCACCAGGAAGUAACUGUCUAUUCCUGACAUGUCAUUUUAAUUAGAAUUCCCUAAGUCAAAGGAUGCUGCUGCCUUUUACCAAUGAAAGGCACUUACUGUGGUCUAUAUAUAAUAUCAAAUAAAGAGUAUUUAGCAUUU